AUGGCACCGAAAGACGGUGGCGAGGCGUCUUCGAAGCUCGUUUUGUAUUCAUACUGGCAGAGCUCCUGUGCUUGGCGCAUUCGCUUCGCUUUGAACCUCAAAGGGCUUUCAUAUGAGUACAAAGCGGUGAACCUUGCAAAAGGAGAGCAGUUUACUCCAGAGUUUGAGAGGUUGAACCCUCUCCAUUUUGUUCCGGUUCUAGUUGAUGGUGAUGUUGUAGUCUCUGAUUCGUAUGCAAUCUUGAUGUAUUUGGAGGAAAAGUAUCCUCAAAGAACUCUCUUACCAGCUGAUCCCCAGCUAAAAGCCCUGAAUCUUCAGGUUGCCAGCAUUAUUAGCUCUAGCAUACAGCCUCUUCAUAUGCUGUCAAUUCUGAAAUAUCUUGAGGAAAAGGUUGGCUCAGAAGAGCGACUUCUAUUUGCUCAAACUAAUAUUGAAAAAGGUUUCCUUGCUCUCGAGAAGUUGCUGGAAGAUUUUGUUGGCAAAUAUGCCACAGGAGAAGAAGUAUACAUGGCUGAUGUAUUUAUGGCACCUCAGAUUGCUGUGGCUACAGAACGGUUUAAGAUUGACAUGUCCAAGUUCCCUACUUUAAGUAGGAUAUACGAGUCCCAGAGGGCAUUACCCGAAUUCUUAGCUGCCUCACCUGAAAGACAACCUGAUGCUGUCCAUUGA